AUGAUUGCUCCUGCAAGAAACUGCGGUUGUGAGGAUAAAUCAGAAUUUAAAAUUCCUAAAAAUAUUACCAACUCUUGCCAUCAAUUAAUUCCUUCUGAUGAUUCAAUUCAAGACUCGGAAAAGUGUGUCUGUCCAAAAAAGAGUGAAGCAGGUUAUCAAAAAUUAAAAGGUACUUGUGACAUCUAUUGUGAAGGAAAUAAAAAACCAGGAAAUGAUUGCACAAACGAAGAUGUAAUCGAAGAAGAAAAGAAAAGUAAAGUUUUUUCCGAAAUAGUCGAAAAAGGUUUGCCCUAUAAAGAAACCGAAAUAAUUAUAAACGACAAUCGAAUGAUAAUUCGUGUGCAAAAGGAUCCAAAAGCAAAAAAGGAAGAAUGGGAUCCGCCCUGUGACUGUGACGAAGAAAAUAAACCAAUAAAAAAACCGAGAAAUGACAUAACUUUUCGAAAAGUCGACUUAAAUCCUUGUCGUACAAUCACAGUUUAUCCUCAACCAGAUUCUGAAGAUGUUGACAAAUCAAAAAAUGAAUUGGAAAAUGAAGUGAAAAUAAAAAAGGAAAAAAAUCCCGAUCCUUUGAAAAUUGAAAGACAACGGAGGGAGGAAAUGAGGAAAAGCAUUGAUCUUGAAGAAAAUCCAAAUAUUUUCCUCUUGAGAAUAAAAAAAAGAUGUGGAAGCGAGGAGGGAAAAUAUAACGUCGACUUGGAAUUUCGAACACCUCGACCAUGGUUGACAAGGCCAAUUGUUGAAAAACCCCCUCGUCCUGCACCAACUGAUUUGAAAGUAAGUGAUUCAAAACUAGAUUCAAAACUCGAUAAUAAAGAAAGCAAAAAAGACAAGAAGACACAAAAAACGAAAACGAAAACGAAAACGAAAACGAAAAAAGGGAAUGUUUCACGCCAUCAGAUUAUUCCCGCGAGGCGCUCAUGCGUAAAAACACAGGCGCAAAUUAGUGAAAUAGAAAUUGUUUACGUAAAUUACAAUAAAAUUGCCUCAUAA